AUGUUACGAAUAGAGAAGUCCAAUAAAAAAGGAUUAAGUCAGCCAUUGGACAGAAAUAUUAUGAAAUCUGCUUCUGAGGUCAAUAUUAGUUCUUUUGCAUUUCUAUUUUCUGAAAUAGUGCAAUACUCCCUAAUAUACUUAAAACCUGGAAUAAGACUUGAGGAUAGAUUACAUGAAAUGGGUAUGUCAGUUGGAUAUAAAGUCAUUGAGCUAGUAGCCAUUAGAGAAAAGGCUAAUCAAAAGCGUGAAACCAAGAUACUUCAAAUUUUAUCUUUUAUAUCACAAAAGUGUUGGAAAUAUCUUUUUGGCCAUACUAGCGAUCUUCUCAAGGGUCAAGAAUCAGAUGAUGAAUAUAUGAUUAAUGAUAAAAAUUUGCUACUCAAUAAGUUCAUCUCUGUACCAAGGGACCUUGAACAUAUUAAUUGUGGUGCCUAUGCAGCAGGAGUUGUUCAAGGAAUAUUAGAAAGUGCUGAAUUUCCUGCAAACGUCAGUGCACACACAACAGAAGAUUCUCCAAACAACUAUAGCACCACUAUACUUAUAAAAUUUGACCCUCUUGUAAUAAAUAGAGACAAAACAAUUCAGUCAAUGUAA